AUGAUGACCAAUAUACCCAAACCUCCUACCUCGCCUCAUUCACCAGAUGGCCCCAACGAACUACCUGGUACCGGCAUCGAUGAGCCUGCAUUACUUCAAGACACUACUAGUCCUACCAAUUUUCAGCUCUUCGAAGGGAAUGAGAAGCAAGAGCUGAAUCACCACGCCAAUGCAGAAGAAGUAGAAGAUGGUUCGGACGCACUUCAGGAGACGCCUAUGGCAAAGUCACUUCUUUCCAAGACUUUUAGCACCAGUGUCACAGAACCGUCUCUACUACAGAAUACCAUGCAUAUCUCUCGGCCUACGAACCAUGAUUCUGGUAUUGGUUUCCUGGAAUUUGCAUUUCUGCCGAGGCAAGCCCCAAAGCCAACAAGUUAUGCCCACCAACGCACACACACUGAUAGACCGUCCAUUGUGGAUGACAAGCAGCCGGAAGGCAACAAUGCCAAUGCAGGCUACAUCCCUGCUCACGUCCCUGCGGAACAUGUCCAGCCCGUGACAACCGAAGAACAUACUCUCACCCUUGGAGAACCCAAUCUACAAGACACGAGUCAUCAUCCUCGAGUCCUGGGAGCAAGCUUUUGUCCCUCGAAUCUGUCAAGACCAACACCCGCAAUAUCUGAGCAUUGCUCAUCCGACAAAGAAUACACAGUCGAUGAAACCAUUCAACAACCGGCUCUUGAACGCCCCGGAGGUCUCCCUCCCAUGACGGCUGAUGCGUUCAGCACGGUGAGUGCCGAUGCUGAACCAAGAUCUUCUCCCAUGGCCGACAAGCCUACAAUCUUCAAAGACAUAUCCAGGAGGGCUUCCGAGGCAGCAGAUGCUCCUCAAAUCUAUACUCCAAGAACAGUGUCCGGGACUUCUCGUGGGCGAGCGGUUUGUGAUUCGCGAGUGUCGAAACGAUCAAGACAGCAGCGUUUUCCGAAGACCCAGCCUUCUCAUACAAACACAGGAGCUUUUGCGUGUGCACCACCGCCGUCUGAGGAAGACUUACUCUACCUUCUCAUGGCUCGUGCCAGAGAAAACCACCAGAAGAACACAACAUUUUUAGAACUGCAGGAAAGUUAUGCUGUCUUACACGCAGAAAACAAGGAGCUACAGACCGAACUUCAUCAAGCUUCCCAAGCAUACAUAGCAUCUGAUGAGAAACAAAAAACCAUCAGCGAGCAUCUUGAGUGCUUUAAGCAAAAGUACUACAAGCUCAAAAAAUGGGCAAUCGAAGCCAACGCCGACUGUCUAGCUCUUCAAACACAAUCCAACCAUCUGAACCGUUCGAUCGCCGAGAUAUCACAGGACAAGGAUACCCUGAAGACCGAUAUCAAGCAAUUGCAACAUUCCCAGGAGCAUGCAUCCUGUCAGAUGACGGGCCUCCGGUCAUCGAUCGUCGACAUCAAGACUUUAGCACAAGAAUCUCUAGAGCAAUCGUGGAAAAAUGAAGGUCUUAUCAUGGCCAAGACUGAACAACUUCGGAGAGAGCAAGCGAGAAGCGAGAAACUCGAGGGAUACAUCUCUCAGAUGGAACGACACAAGCGCUCCUAUGAUAAUCGAUACCAACAAGACAAUCAGCGGGUCAGUGGUCAUCUAAAAAUGAUCUCUGAGGCUGUAACAAUGCUCAAAGAUAGCUGUCAUUCCUCAAAAACAGAACACGUCAAACUCAUGAACUCUCUCGCACGGUGUGAAGCAUCUCUCACCCAGGAACUAGCAUCAAAGUCAGAUCUGUCACACCUCCAAGACCAGCUCGUGGAUCUGAUCAAGUCAGUUGAAGACAGUCCACUGAUUCUAUCUGCAGCGUUGCAUUCACGCUUCGAUUCCUUGGAGCAGAGUUUGGAUGCCACUUCCUCUCGUCUCACUUCUGCCCAACAAUGUCAUGCAGCAGAUGUCGAUAAUCACCUAAAGCAACAAGCAUCAGAAGCAACUACAAGCAUUGAUAUUCUGAAACAGGUCCUGACUCAAACCAUAGGCAACAAAAGAAGCAUCAAACGGCUGGCUACUGAUCGCACUCAAGAGCAGCUGAAGAAUCUUACGGAGCAACUCGAAACGUGCCAACAAGAGCUUCAGAAGGUCAAUUCAGACGCGAUAGCCUUCGAAUCUCGAAAGGAAAUUGACUGCGCAAGGAUCAAAUCCCUUGAGAUGCAACUCAAUGUUGCAAUGACAGCCGAAAAGGGUGCUAGGCAGGAAGUUGAAAAGGCACAAAAUGAACUCCAUGCCAUGAAAGUGAGCCGAACUGAUGCUCUGACAAAGUGUGAUGAGCUUCAAGAGGCACUCAAACAAGGUGUUGAUAAGAAUGAACAGUCCGCCGCUCAACUUCAGCUACUGAAGUCACAGAAGGACAUCUGGGAGACAAAGGCGAGGACUUUCGAAUCCGACUUGACAAGCUCUCGACAGGUGUGCGAAGCGACGAAAACUCGACUUGUUGAGAGCGAGGCUAGAGUACACACCGCAGAGGCUCAAUUGAAUUCCUUGUCCAAGAUACAGCAUGACCUCGACGCAGCCAAUUCCACCAUCAGUGCAAUACGUCUUGAAGAACGCUCGUCCAAAGAGCAUGCCGCAAGGCAGGAAAAACUUGCAAAGACACUGACCUUAGAAGUACAAGAUCUGAACUCGCAAGUGACAGCUCUGCAGAAACAACUUAGCGAAGCAGAGGCACUUCACAGUGUGAUUGAGGAUCUAAAGGUAGACAGUCAGGCCAAGCAAGAUCUACAACUUGAAGUGGGUUUAAAGGAAGCAGAGAUCUGUCAGCUCGAGCAAAUGUUAUGUGAAUCUCGGGAAACACUCGAAAAAGUGGCCGAGCUUGAGCACAAUAACAGCCGUUUAAGAGCUGCAGAGUCUGCACUCAUUGAUGAAUUGAAGGUUGCUCGUGAACUAGGCCGCCAGAGCGAAGAACUUACAGAAGCCAUCAACGCAAGAGACGUAACAAUUGAAAAACUCAAAAGGGAGGUAGCAGAGUGGCCUACCAUGCAAAUGCAACUUUCACAGUUGAAGGAGGAGGCUGAUCGGAAGAAUCACCAGAUCGCGCUCUUACAAAGUCAGAUUCGAAGUCAAGAAUAUCAAGCUGCCUCCGUUGGAGCCACUGAGAUCGUCCCAACAGCCCAUCCCACAAUUCCACUCAAGAGAGCAGCAGAUCGUUCUAGUUACAGCUUUGGCCCGAAACACAUACAACGAGUAAACGCUUUUUUACACGAAGAUGAAGACCCUAUCCAAGCCACAGGCCUGAUCAACGAUACGUUUCCGGACCAAAGUCAGGCAGAUUUGCGAGAGCCUCAGAGCACAUUCAGCAUCAUCACAGAGACGCAGCUGGAGUCUCAAGAGAUUUUCAAGGAGAUGCCACCAGAGUCCUACCCCAAACAGAAGACUGCGCCCUCGCUUGAGCUGACUGCCAACGGAGGAGUGUCCCCUUUGACAGAAAUCGAUGACGAACUCCUGGACGCUAUCUUGAACAUGACUACUCCUUUGACCGAAGCAACACCAGUAGCACCUGACACGCAUCCCACGAAUCCGACCUCGGCCCCUGUGGACAGUCAAGGUCUCAAACAGCGACCGGCUUCGAGCUCAUAUGGUUCGAUUGAUCAGAUGCUUUUGGAUCACGGCACACAAUCUGAUACCACGAGCAAAUCACGUUUGAACCAGAGCAAUUCAUACUACCUCCCUGACUCGGCAAUAGGCGAUGCCAGAAGUCGAGAAAAGGUGAAGAAGACCUCUCCGAGACGACUCCGCAGCUCACAUUUAGCGAGAAAAGAUAAGAUGGCGGGGUCUGAGGAAGGGUUUGAUUUUGAAGUCGACCGAGUGUCUACUCCAUCGCGGCCACGUGAACGUCAUCAACCUAAUUCUGCGGUGAAACGACAAGGAGAUCAUCAAGAGGCCACUGUCACACCAGACCAACCAACCAAACGUGUCAAGAGAACAUCGGCGAAUGGGAAAGGCAAUGGUGCUAGUAAUGUUCAAGUCGAUGUGAAAACCAGCAAGAAGAGCCCCAAAAGGACUAUUCUCACGUUUCGCAGAAGCAGUAUUGUUGGCACCAAUGCGCCUGCUCCGGACAGAAAUCCAAAAGGAGCCAGAGCUGCGAAGAAAGGGUCGCGCCAGGACAAGUACUCGGCCAGAUUUUCUGCAGCUACAUGA